AUUCAACCAAUUACCAAACAUAGAAUGGCGGAGGCAAUACUCACUGCCGUGUCAAAGAUUGAGAUAGUUGUUUUAAGCAAAGCGGUCUCAAAUGUCAUAGAGAUGUUGUCAAAGAAGGUUGCUGGUGUAAGUGAAUUGCCGGGAAAGAUCAAAAAGAUUGAUGACGAGCUACAGAUGUUGAAUAAUGUAAUUGUGGAUAUUGGCACCACACAUCUCAGCAACAAUGUUGUCAAGGAUUGGAUUUCAAAUGUGAGGAAGCUGGCCUACCAUGUUGAAGAUGUAAUUGACAUGUACUUGUGUGAGGCUCUUAAGCUCACCAAAGAAGACUUCAUACAUCGAUACCUCUUGGGAGGUUCACGCCACAUAAUCGUUUUUAGUAAGAUUGUCGAUGAUCUAGUAGAGAUAGAAGAGGAGAUCAAGCAUGUCAAAGAAAUGCAAAAUAACUGGAGUAAUACAUUCGUGCCCAUAAAAAAUGAGCGUGAAAAUAUUUAUAGGACGCCGCCUGGAGCCUGCUUUCCGGUGCUUGUUGGUGAUGAGGAUCUGGUGGGAAUUGAAGAAAAUAGGAGCAAGUUGACUGAAUGGCUGAGCACCGAUGAGAAAGAAUGCACGGUGAUAACAGUUUCUGGAAUGGGAGGUUUGGGCAAAACAACCCUUGUGAAAAAUGUGUAUGAACGGGAAAAAUUUAACUUUCCUGGUGCUCAUGCUUGGAUUGUGGUGUCACAGUCGUAUGAUGUAGUAGAUCUGCUGGCAAGACUGCUCAGAAAGCUAGGGCAAACUUUUGACGUGGGUGCCAAACCUGAUGUCUACGAGUUAACAGAGGCAAUACAUAGGACACUACAAGACAGGAAAUGCUUGAUCGUUCUUGAUGAUGUGUGGGAUAAAGAAGCAUAUACUCAGAUGUGCAAUGCAUUCCAAAGUCUCCAAGGGAACCGUGUUAUGAUAACAACCCGGAAGGAAGAUGUUGCAGCUCUUGCUCAUAAGGGUCGUCGCAUGGAACUCCAGCCACUGGGUAAGGAUGAAUCAUUCAAGCUCUUCUGCUCAAGGGCUUUCCACAACAACAACCCGUACCGCAAGUGCCCUCCAAAGCUCAAGACAGUGGCUGCUGCUAUCGCUGAGAUGUGCCAUGGCCUUCCAUUGGCCAUUAUAUCUUGUGGUAGCCUACUUUCCACGAAGCAACCAACAGAGCAUGCCUGGAACCAGAUGCACAAUCAUCUCCGGAGCGAGCUGCGGGAAAAAAACCAUGUGCAAGCUAUACUUCUUCUGAGCUACUAUGACUUGCCAGGUACUCUCAUGAACUGCUUCCUGUACUGCACUUUGUUCCCUGAAGACUAUCCGAUGUCACGGGAGGCCCUUGUGCGAAUGUGGGUUGCCGAGGGAUUUGCGAUCAAGAAAAACUACAGCACGGCAGAGGAAGUGGCGGAGGAGAAUCUCAUGGAACUCAUCGGACGGAAUAUGUUGGAAGUGGUGGAGAGGGAUGAGCUCUAUAGGGUGACUAACUGUAAGAUGCAUGACAUUGUGCGAGUCAUGGCUCUUGAUAUCGCAAGAGAAGAGAUGUUUGGCUACGCGCAUGAUGAGGGUGAGAUAAUGGUUAUGGAUCCAGAGGUUCGCCGGCUCUCGACAAGUAGUUGGAAGAGUGAGGGCAGUAGGCCAGCUCCUGCUGGAGUGGAAUUCCCGGGACUCAGAACUUUCAUGUCGAUUGCCUCCUCAACCAUGAUUUCCUCAAUUUUGUCUAGAUCCAGCAACCUUACUGUCCUUGAGCUCCAAGACUCUGCAAUCAGCCACGUGCCAGCAACCAUCGGGAAUCUUUUCAGUCUACGCUACAUCGGCUUAAGGCGCACCAAUAUCCAGUCGCUGCCAGACAGUAUUGAAAAACUCUCAAACCUCGAGACGUUGGACAUGAAGCAAACAAGAAUAGAGAAGCUACCCCCAGGGAUUGUGAAGGUUGAGAAUCUGCGACACCUUUUUGCUGACAGGUUUGCUGAUGAGAGGCAGACGGAGUUCCGAUACUUUGUUGGAGUGGAAGCGCCGAAGAUGAUUUCCAACUUUCAAGAGAUGCAAACUCUCGAGACCGUUUGUGCCAGCAAAGACUUGUCCCAGCAGCUGAGGAAAAUGAGUAAGCUGAAGACUGUUUGGAUUGAUAACCUCAAUGCAUCUAACUGUGAAGAGCUUUUUGAUGCCCUCUCAAAAAUGCCACAGCUGUCAAGCGUGCUCCUCUCUGCAAGUGAUGAGACGGAGGCACUUUCUUUCCAAGCACUCAAGCCAAUCUCAACGAUGCUGUACAGACUGAUCAUCAGAGGCAACUGGGCCCAUGGGAUACUCAAGUGCCCGAUAUUCCAAGGCCAUACGAGGUACCUCAAGUAUCUGGCCCUAAGCUGGUGCAAUCUUGGCACGGAAGAUCCGCUGAUGUUGAUGGCAAUUCAUUUGCCAGCUCUCGUUUAUUUCAGCCUUAACCGGGUGAGCAAUGCAGCAAUAUUGGUUAUUCCUGCAGGGUGCUUUGCUCAACUCAAGACAUUCGUCUUGAAGAACAUGCCUAAUGUGAAGGAACUGGUGAUCCAAGACAAGGCCAUCCCAUGCAUUGAGGGGAUUUACAUCGUGUCACUCCGUGAGAUGAACGUGGCCCCUCAUGGCAUCGAGUCCCUUAGAUCCCUCAAGAAGCUCUGGUUGCUGAAUCUGCACAGGGACUUCAGGGCUGACUGGGAUCUGAAACAGAUGCACGACAAGCUGAAGCACGUUCCAGAGCUCCGAGCUUAA